AUGGCCGGAAGAGAGAAAUGGAUGGUACUCCAUGCAGCUCUGUUGGUGAUCACGACGAUUCUCCUAGCUGCAACUGUUUCAAUGGCGGAUGAUGCAGCCAUACCAGCCGAAAGGUCUGCACUGGACAAAUGGUUCAACGACAAUGUGAAGCCGUUGGCAGACCGAAAGUCCUCGCUAGACCCUGCCCUUGUCACGGCGGAGGACGGUGAUGCCAAGGUUGUGAAGGUCAUGCAAAAUGGGGGAGACUACAAGAAAAUAUCAGAGGCCAUUGAUAGCAUUCCGGCCGGGAACACUAAACGUGUGAUUAUAUACAUUGGAGGGGGUACCUACAAUGAGAAAAUAACAAUUCCAAAAAACAAAUCAUUCGUCACAUUUUUCGGUGAUUCAAAAAACAUGCCAAAUUUGACCUAUAAUGGCGAUGCCGCCAAGUUUGGGACGUUGUAUAGUGCUACAUUGACGGUGGAAUCCGACUACUUCAUUGGCGUCAAUUUAAAUAUAAUAAAUUCCUCGCCAAGGCCGGAUGGAAAAAGAGAGGGCGCACAAGCACUUGCCGUGAAGUUGUCUGGAACCAAGGCGGCAAUGUACAAUUGCAAAAUGUAUGGAUUUCAAGACACCCUUUGUGAUGAUAAUGGCACUCAUUUCGUAAAGGACUGCUACGUUGAAGGAACUGUAGAUUUCAUCUUCGGAAGAGGAAAAACCCUCUAUUUGAAUACACAUCUACAUGUGCUAGGGGACAACGGAAUGUCGGUUAUAACGGCACAUGCAAGGGAAGGUGAUGAGGACAACGGAUACUCAUUUGUUCACUGCAACAUUACCGGAACCGGCAACGGCACAUAUUUAGGCAGGGCUUGGAGGGCUGCACCCAAGGUGGUGUUUGCCUACACCAAUAUGGGAGAAAUUAUCAAGCCAGAAGGAUGGACCGACAAUUUCCACCCUGAAUACGAUAAGUCUGUUCAUUUUGGAGAGUACAAGAAUACUGGUCCAGGUUCAAGCAUGAGUAAGAGAGUAAGCUUUACCAAACAGCUGAGCGAUGAAGAUGCCAAACCUUUCCUCAGCCUUGGCUUUAUUGAGGGUUCCAAAUGGUUGCUUCCUUCUCCAAAUCCAAAGGUCUAG